CUCGCGGGCUAAGGCAGAGGAGAUGGCGGACCCUCUGAGGAGGACGCUGUCCAGGCUCCGGGGAAGGCGGGGUCCCCGCGGCGCCGGGGGGCUAGGGCUCCGGGCAGCAGCGGCAGCUGCGGUGGCGGCCUCUUCGGCAGCCGCAGGAGACGCCUGGGGUGCCGCAGACACCCCCCAACGUGAGCACGCCGGGGGAGCCGGGCCGAGCCUACAGCAGCCCCCGCCGUCACCUGCGGCGUGGGGUCCUGGCGCGCAGGUCCCCGGAGGGCACCCGGAGCAGUCGGGGGCCCUCGGGCCUUGGCCGCGCUGCGGGCAGGAGGCCGCCCCCUGGAGCCAUGCCUCUCUGCACGCCCCCGAGGGCUCCGAGGGCAGCGGAGAGGAGGAGGAAGUGGACGAGGACGAAGACGACUACGACGCCGACUACUACGAAAACCUGCCCGGCGGCUCGCAGCCUGCGCCCGAGCCUGAGGGGGCGGAGGCGGAACGGCGUCCCCCGCCUCCCCCAGCGGCGGGCUCCUCCCUGGGGGCGGAGGGCGGCCGCCUGGAGACAGGCAGGCUGCGGACCCAGUUGCGAGAGGCCUAUUAUCUGCUGAUCCAGGCCAUGCACGACCUGCCCCCUGACUCGGGAGCGCGGCGGGGCGGCGGGGGCUUGGCGGAUCAGGGCUUCCCCGCGGGAGCCCGGGCUCCGGGCCAGCCGCCUUCCCGCGGCGCUGCGGACCGCCGAGCCUGUCCCCGAGACGGGGAGCGGAGAGGCGGCGGACGGCCUCGGCAGCAGGUGUCCCCGCCCCGGUCGCCUCAGAGGGAGUCGGGGGGAGGCCAGCUGCGGACUCCUCGGAUGCGGCUGUCCUGCAGCAGAAGCCUCGAGAGCCUCCGGGUGGGUGCCAAGCCGCUUCCCUUCCAGCGGUGGCCGAGCGACAGCUGGAUCAGGUGCGGCGGGCACGGGGACUGGGACGAGCCCCCGCCACGUGGAGGCAGGAUGGAUGGCUGGAGUGGGGACCGCGCCCGGGCGGCUGCACCCACCGGCCUCCAGCCUCCAGGCUCCAAGGACCACGGCUGCUCCUCGGGAAGCCCUUUCAGGGAUCCAGCGGGGUCCUCUGUGAUACGCAGCGGCAAAGGAGACCGCCAGGAAGGCCCCUCCUUCCUCAAGCCGCCUGCAGUGACAGUCAAGAAGCUGCAGAAGUGGAUGUACAAAGGGCGUCUGCUGUCCCUGGGAAUGAAGGGUCGUACCCGUGGGACGGCCCCCAAAGUCACAGGAACGCAGGCAGCCUCCCCAAAUGUGGGCGCUUUGAAAGUGCGUGAAAACAGUGUCCUGUCGGUGCCCCCAGACCAAAGAAUUACGCUGACAGAUUUAUUUGAAAAUGCCUAUGGGUCUUCAAUGAAGAGAAGAGAACUUGAAGAUCUGAAGGAUAAUAUUGAAUUCAGAGGUCAUAAGCCACUUAACAGCAUCACUGUUUCAAAGAAACGCAAUUGGCUAUAUCAGAGUACUCUGAGAUCUCUUAAUCUGGAAGAAGAAAAUAAGAAAUGCCAAGAUAGAAGUCAUUUAUCCAUCUCACCUGUGUCUCUACCUAAACAUCAGCUAUCACAGUCUUUCCUCAAAUCAUCUAAAGAGUACUGUACAUAUGUGGUAUGUAACGCUACAAACUCUUCAUUAUCGAAAAACUGUGCUUUAGAUUUUAAUGAGGAAAAUGAUGCAGAUGAUGAAGGAGAAAUAUGGUACAACCCCAUUCCUGAGGAUGAUGACCUUGGUAUGUCAAGUGCCUUGAGGUUUGGUGAGGUUGACUCUGCUGUUCUGAAGCUCCCUGCUGUCAAUUUAAGCAUGUUGUCUGGCAGUGACCUGAUGAAAGCAGAGCAGCAUACUGAAGACUCGCUGUGCUCUUCCGAACAUACAGGUGAUAUUCAGAGCACAUGGUCAAAUGGAAUGAAUCCUAUGGAUCCUGCCCGUUCCACAGAAUUUGUGCAGCAGUACAAGCAAAGGCUAGGACACAAGACACAAGAAGGUAUAAUGGUAGAGGACAGUCCUAUGUUGAAAUCUUUUGCAGGUUCAGGGAUCCUGGCUGCUACAAAUAGUACUGAAUUGGGAAUUAUAGAACCAUCUUCUCCAAAUCCUAGCCCUGUGAAAAAAGGCAGUUCAAUUAAUUGGUCUUUGCCAGAUAAAAUAAAAUCUCCACGAACUGUGAGGAAACUUUCCAUGAAAAUGAAAAAGUUGCCAGAAUUUAGCCGAAAGCUAAGUGUUAAGGGAACAUUGAAUUAUAUAAACAGUCCAGAUAACACUCCUUCUUUGUCUAAAUAUAACUGCCGAGAAAUUCAUCAUACUGAUGUUCUGCCCUCUGGGAACACAACCACAGCUGCUAAGAGAAAUGUUAUAAGCCGAUACCAUCUUGAUACCAGUGUAUCCUCCCAGCACAACUACCAGAAGAAAAACUCUAUGAGUUCUAAGUAUUCCUGCAAAGGUGGUUACCUUAGUGAUGGAGACUCACCUGAACUUAUAACUAAAGCUAGCAAACGUGGAUCUGAAAACAAAUUUGGAAGAGGAAAAGAAAUAAUUUCAAAUAGUUGUAGCAAGAAUGAAAUAGACAUUGAUGCUUUUAGGCAUUAUAGCUUUUCUGAUCAACCUAAGUGUUCACAGUACAUAUCUGGGCUCAUGAGUGUACAUUUCUAUGGUGCUGAGGAUUUAAAACCACCUCGGAUAGAUUCAAAAGAUGUCUUUUGUGCAAUUCAGGUAGAUUCAGUAAACAAAGCAAGAACAGCUUUGCUCACAUGUCGAACAACAUUUUUAGACAUGGAUCACACUUUCAACAUAGAAAUUGAAAAUGCACAACAUUUGAAACUAGUAGUAUUCAGUUGGGAACCUACUCCAAGAAAAAAUCGAGUUUGUUGUCAUGGAACUGUUGUUCUUCCCGCCUUAUUUAGAGUGACAAAGACUCAUCAAUUGGCUGUCAAACUUGAACCUAGAGGUCUUAUUUAUGUGAAAGUGACUCUUAUGGAACAGUGGGAGAAUUCUCUUCAUGGACUAGACAUAAACCAAGAACCAAUAAUAUUUGGAGUUGAUAUUCAAAAAGUUGUAGAGAAAGAAAAUAUAGGACUGAUGGUGCCCCUUCUGAUACAGAAAUGUAUUAUGGAAAUUGAAAAGAGAGGCUGUCAGGUAGUAGGCCUGUAUCGAUUAUGUGGUUCGGCAGCAGUCAAGAAAGAACUGCGAGAGGCCUUUGAGAGAGAUAGCAAAGCUGUUGGUCUGUGUGAAAACCUGUACCCAGAUAUAAAUGUAAUAACAGGUGUUCUUAAGGAUUAUUUAAGAGAACUCCCUUCUCCUCUGAUAACAAAGCAACUUUAUGAGGCUGUAUUAGGUGCAAUGGCAAAAAGUCCUUUGAAAAUGUCAUCAAAUGGUUGUGAGAAUGACCCAACUGACUCUAAGUACACUGUUGACCUGCUGGAUUGUCUGCCUGAGAUUGAGAAGGCAACCCUAAAGAUGUUAUUGGAUCAUUUGAAAUUGGUGGCUUCCUAUCAUGAAGUGAAUAAGAUGACAUGCCAGAAUUUGGCUGUGUGCUUUGGACCAGUGUUAUUAAGUCAGAAGCAAGAGCCUUCAUCACAUAACAACAGAGUCUUUACUGAUUCAGAAGAACUUGCAAGUGCUUUGGAUUUUAAAAAACACAUUGAAGUUCUUCAUUACUUACUCCAACUCUGGCCAGGUAAAUGAUUCUAUGGAAAUACUUUUCACUUUCAAUGAUAGGGCAUUUGAAUUAACUAAUCAUUAAAUAUGCUCAUAUAUGAUUGAAGAAACUCUUCUAGAUUUUGCUUUUUCAAAAUGUGAUUUGAUACCUGCCCUUUAGAUUUUUUUUCAUUUAAAUAUUUUCUGCCUUUGCUGAUGACAUCGUAGGCAUGUAGAUUAAUGUGCACAUUUUAGAUUUGGUAGAUCUAGAUUUAAAUCCUGGUUGUACCACUUAUUAGCAAUCUGACCUUGGGCUGGUUUCGUAACAUCUCAGAGCCUUGUAUCAUCUUUUGUCAUAUGGAUUUAAUAAUAUGUUUAUAGAUUUUAUAUUAGGAUUUUUAAAAAUUGUAUAUGUAAAGUGCUCAGCAUAGCUCUUGACACAUAAUAGAGACUCAAUAAACACUUAAUUUAUUUACUUUUCUCAUUUUUAGUUCAACUGGUAUAAAGCAGAAUUCAUUUUUCUCCUUAAAUCAGUUCUUCUUUACGUCUUUAACUGCAUUCAUGGUCAUUAGUCAAAUUAUCUCAGCUUGAAUUGGGAAUUAUCUUUGACCUUUCCAUCUUAUCCAAUCCUUAUUCCAAUCAAUAACUAAAGACUGACAGUUGUUUUCCUAAUUAUCUCUGAUAUAGUUUCAGAGCUAAAAGAAAUAUGUAUUUAAUUAGACAUUCUGUAAAGGACCCUGCAUUUAAAUUCCAAAAUUUUCUUAGCUUUUAGUAACCCCUGCUACUUUCGCCCCACACUGCAUGGAACCAAGUGUGAAGUACUUUGGAGCUUCGUGUAGAGCACACUAGUAACCAUGCCUGGCCCUGGGGUCAGGCUUGGGUUCAGAUCUGGAUGGUGACACUUGCUGGCGGGGUGGGCUAUGGCAAAAACUUUAACCUCUUCAACUCCCAUUUUGCUUCUCUCUAAAUAAUGCCUGUCUCAGGGUUGUUGUAAAGAUUGAGAUAAAGCGUCUAAGGCAAUGAGCAAAAUGUUUAGCACAAAGUGAGCACUCAGUCAAUGUCUUCGGUUACUCUUUUGUUGUAUUUAUAUAGACAGAAAGAUUAAAGUACAAGGGAAUGCUUGAGUUCAUCAGUUAAAGUGAAUUAAAAAUUAAGUUAAUAAAAAUUUUCCAGCAUUUUGGGAGGCUGAGGCAGGUGGAUCACAAGG